AUGGAGGCGACGUUCCUGACGUGGUCUGCGGCGGCGAGCUCUCAGGAGAGAAGGGAGGUCCCCGGGGGAGGCGGCGGGGUCUUCCUCUCCCAGCAGAUGGCGGCGGUGGUGACGGCGGAACCCACCGGCGAGGUGUCGCCGCGCGGAAGGGCGGCGAAGAAGAAGAAGUCGGGAGGGCAGAAGAAGCCGCCGCAGCGAGGGCUCGGGGUGGAGAAGCUCGAGAGGCUUCGCCUGCAGGAGCGAUGGAGGAUGAUGACCGAGAUCGAGCCUCCGCUGGCCGACCAGCAGAUCCAGAGCAGCACGGCCACCACGCCCCCGGGGGGGAUCCACGGAGAUGAUGAUCGACGGCACAUGUUGGCGGCGCAGUGCCAGGCUCCGCACUCCCCCUUCGUCCAGCAAUGCGGAGGCAGCCUCCGGUUCAGCUUCCCGCCCUACGGCGCACAGCACCAGGCGGCCAUCGGCGGCGGCCGGAUGCCCCUCGCGAAGGUGGUGGCGGUGCCAGCGCCGGUGAGCUACGGCGGAGCCCCGGGGGACUCGUGCUUCUUGCAGAGGCACCGCCUGUUGGGGCCCGGCGGGGUAUUUUUCGGGAACCGCGGGGCAUUAUUCGCCUCCGCCAGCUCGUCGGAGAACCACGACGACGGCGCGGGCGAUCGGCUGCGUCCAGCGACGGCGAUGCCUGGCGUCCAGGCCGAUAGACAGUCCUUGGAGCUCCCUUCUUCUAGCCAAAGCUUGCAGCGCUUCGAGCAACACGAUAUCUGCGGCGGAGUAAGGACGCUAGGAUCUUCUUCAACCUUUUUCCAUGAACUGCUCGCUCAUCACCUCUACCUCCUCGCUGACGAAAGAAACGCGUGCAGGAGGAGAAACUCAGGACUAGUGAGAUCAGCGGGGGAUCGGCGGAGGGAAAGGAACCGCGCAACCCUUCCCCGGCGGCGGCAGAUCUGGCGGCGGUCGCAUCCUCAGAGGUAGAAGAGAACGCGGUGCACGGUAGGAUCUCCGACCUCGUUUCCUACAUGCAUCAUAACGCAAUAAUCUGCGCAGGAAAUUGAGGUAAAGGGAGGAUCGACGGAGAUCAAGGUGUACGAGUUCUUCCCAUGCAGCAGCAGCAGCAGCAGCAGCAGCAGCGGCAGUAGCGGCAGGAGCAGGAGGGGCAGCCCGAUCGAACGCCGGACGGCGGACGGUGAACCCCCUUCCUCCAUUUCCGCUCGCAGUAGUAGACAUCACCUACACCUGGAUCUAUCGCUGAAGCUCUCCUCCCAGUGA